UAUAGUGCGAUCCCUUGUUAUGUGUUGACACACGUGUUGUUAUUUAAAACGGAUUGAAUGAAUCCAAUGAUUGCAUUAUUUUACCGACAGAUUUAGUGACCAAACAUUUCGGUAAACAUUUGGUCACUUAAUACAUCUAUUCAAUGAUUUCUCAGUUUUUAAUUCUUCAUAAUUAAUAAUCAAUACAUUGAAACCAAUUGACUGAUUGCAUAAUUUUUAAUUAACUGUUAAAAAACUUUUCAUAUUUACAAAAAAAAGUUAUUAAUAACUUUCAAUUGACAACUAAUUGGAUCAAUAGAUCCAUACGAAAGAAGAAGAAGAUAAUGAACGAAGAAGUGAUGACCGAAUCGACAGCCGUUGAGUCGACAAAUAGAAGACAAUUCGGUGUCGACUGUAUUGUCACCGAAGGAAAGGCUAAUAUAAUUCGUUUACCAUUUGUUUUCUAUAAUAAAGUACAAGAAUUUAAUAGAGAUUUAAGUGUUUUAGCGAUUAAUACAUUUCUCAAGAAUCAACUUUGGAAGAAUAAUCUUAAACCAAAUAAAUGGAUUAAAGAUCAGAUCACAAUAUUGGACGCGCUUUCGGCUACAGGUUUGCGAUCUAUUAGGUAUGCCUUGGAAUGUACUGAUUGUUGUGAACUACCGAUUAAAAUAUACGCCAACGAUGUAUCAAUAAAAGCCAUUGAGACCAUCGACAAGAAUAUUGAAAGAAAUAAUGUAAAGGAUAGGGUUGUGUCCAAUCGAGAGGACGCCGCAAUAUUUAUGAUUAAAAAUCGCGAUUUCAAGCGACGAUUUUCAAUCAUCGAUUUGGAUCCAUACGGAAGUCCUGCAAUAUUUUUAGACUCAGCUGUUCAGUCAUUGGCCGAAGGAGGUCUGUUGAUGGUGACUUGUACUGAUAUGGCUGUUCUUUGUGGUAAUCAUAGUGAGACCUGUCACGCAAAAUAUGGAUCCAUUUCUUUGAGAUCUAAGUCCUGCCAUGAAAUGGCCUUACGAAUAAUUCUUCGGAGCAUUGAAUCACAUGCCAACAGAUACGGCAGAUAUAUUGUGCCAUUGAUUUCAUUAAGUGUCGACUUUUAUGUCCGAAUAUUUCUUCAAAUAUAUACCUCACCUAAUGAAGUGAAGAGAAGCGCCAGCAAACUAUCUUAUGUUUAUCACUGCACUGGUUGUGAGUCUAUUGAAUUGCAACGACUCACUCAUCAAAAAAAUAUCGAUAAAGAAUAUAACUUUAUUCCAAACGGACCUAAAGUUGACCGCAAAUGCCAACACUGUGGACAUACAUAUCAAAUGGGUGGACCUAUUUGGUCGGAUCCCAUACAUUCAAUUGAUUUUGUUCGACAAUUACAGAAACAAUUGUCUGAAUUUACUGAUCAAACAUUUUCAACACACAAACGUCUUCACGGAAUCCUUCAAGUAAUCAACGAAGAACUAAUAGAUUGUCCGCUAUAUUACUGUUUGGAUCGACUCUGUCGUGUAGUCCAGUGCUCGAUGCCAUCGAUGAGGAUAUUUCGAUCAGCUAUUCUGAAUGGUGGAUAUCAGGUAUCAUAUUCACACGCAAACAAAACAUCAAUUAAAACUAAUGCAACCAAUGAUUAUAUAUGGGAUGUAAUGCGAGAAAUAUAUAAACAAAAUCCUAACGACAACCUUAACGAUAAAAGUGCCGGUUUUGCUAUAAUUAAACAACAGUCCAGUCAUACGAUAUCAUUAGAGCCGCACGACAGCGCCGAACCCAUGUCUAAGGAAAUGCAAUUAUUGCGAUAUCAAGUAAACCCUGAACCCAAUUGGGGACCACAAAGUCUGCCAUCAAAACAAUGCGAUAAACGGGUACUAAAUCAGGGAAAGCGAAGUCGACCUAAAGAUAAUGAUGAUAAUAAAGAUGAA